UUCAAAUUUCUAUAAUUCUACCCCUACUGUUUCUUACACCUGAGAUAUCAUGUCAAAAUUCUAGAAAACAGGUCAAUCUCCAUCAACCUACUCACACAUUGAGCCUGAGUCCGGAGAUGAGCCCACAUCCACAGUUUCUCGCCUUUCUUGGUACCAGCCACCUGGAGUAUCUAGAGGUGCUUUACUAAUACACGCUGUCCUCUUUUUCGUUUCUAUAACAACUGGUUUUAUUCUCUCUGCUCGUGCAUCCAAUUGCUUCCACCAAUCAGUGGCUCUCUCCGGAAAUCACCCAUUCGAGAUCCCCAUUUACGAGAAUAUCUCACAGACAGAAACAUUGAGGUUCAUCGGUAAUCCAGAUGCCAAAAGCCCUUUCAAAGGGCCCCCAACUGCUGAAGUUGAUGCUGCUUGGGAUAAUCUUUGGACUGCGAACGUCGUUCUUUCUCAUGAUGAGUACAUGAUUUCGGAACCUGAAUACCCGCAGAUGGGGGUAAAAGCUGUGAAUAAGAAGGACCGCACGUAUUUUGCUACUUUUGAAGCAACAAAUCAGUUAAAUUGCUUGGUACACUCCCCACAUGCCAUGACACGGGGAAUGGAGCUGAUUCUGAGGCAUUUAGUAUACACUGUUUCGAGCAUCUUAUGUUGACUGCUACUAGCCCGAGAAGAACUUCAUGGCAAAGAAUCCCGAUCGGUAUCAUGCUCGACUUGACCAUUGUACUGAAAUUUUGAGACAAAAACUGAUGUGGUACGAUUAAUUCCCAUACCAUGGAGCUAACUUGAGCUUAUAGUGAGAAUAGUGAUGCAGACGCUGGUAUCGUAACGUACAACUGGGUCAAAGGAAAAGAUAGUCCUGUUGCAAAUUAUAAUGUUAUGCAUCAGUGCCGCAAAUACGAUGUUCUUAUGGAAUGGAGUGAAAGGCGUGCUGCCACUGGAGCCGUGUUUCGGAAGACUGGAAGUGCUAUAGAGCUAGACCAAGAUCCUUGAACACGAAGCGUUCCCCCUAAAAUUCUUGGAAUCAGUUAGAUAUUCAAUAUAAUGUCAAGGAAUUAU